UUCCUAGUCAUGUUCUGCCCAGCCUUUGUCGAGGGCUGGCCCUUCGGAAAGGCUCCUUGAACAGCGGGGGAGCAGGCCAGCCACCAUAACCGAGAACUCCAUGUCCACCCCUACAUCGAAGCCCAAGCGAGCCAAGGUGGCCAAGAAGUCCAUGGACCACCCCAAGUAUUCGGACAUGAUCGUGGCUGCCAUCCAGGCAGAGAAGAACCGCGCCGGCUCCUCGCGCCAGUCCAUCCAAAAGUAUAACAAGAGCCACUACAAGGUGGGUGAGAACGCCGACUCCCAGAUCAAGUUCUCCAUCAAGUGCCUGGUGACCGCUGGUGUCCUCAAGCAAACCAAAGGGGUGGGCGCCUUGGGCUCCUUCAGGCUGGCCAAGGGCAACGAGCCCAAGAGGUCGGUGGCUUACAAGAGGAUCAAGAACGAAGUCAAGAAAGUGGCCACUCCAAAGAAAGCAGCCAAGUCCAAGAAGGCUGCCUCCAAAGCCCCAGGCAAAAAACCCAAAGCCACCCUGGUCAAGAAGGCCAAGAGAAGCUGGCUGCCACGCCCAAGAAAGCCAACCUAA